CUAGUUGCCUCCUCCUUCCCUUCUCCUCCUCCUCACUCCCUCCGCAGCCUUCCAGCCCGGCUCCGUGGCCUAGUGAGCGGCUGAGGAGGGGCUUCUCUUCCCGGCUAGGCCCCGGCCGUUGCCCAGCGCAGCCGCCGGGGCCUUGCGGGAGGAGGACGAGGAGAGUAAUCAUAAUGCGGCGCCUGGUGCGAGUGGCCUUGCUCUGCCUGGGCUGCGGCCUCUGCUCGCUCCUCUACGCCUUCAGCCAGCUGGCCCUCUCGCUCGAGCAACACCGGGGCAACGGGGCUCUGCCCCUCCGGAGGCAGCUGGGCCAAGAGGAGGAGGAGAAGGCGGGCUGGCCCCAAGAUAAAGGGAAGCCGCGGAUGAUGGGGAGGACGGAGAGGUGUAAGAAUGUGUCUGUAUCUUACUGGAAUUCCUAUUGGAUGCUGCCCCCUGAUGUUUGUGGAAAGAACUGCUUUUGGGAAGCUGCUUGUAGGUACAAUAUCCUGAAAACUCACCCUUCUGAAGCAAUGCAUUUGGCGGUGGUUGCCUGUGGUGAGCGGCUGGAGGAGACUAUUACUAUGUUGAGAUCAGCCAUUAUUUUCAGCAUCAAACCCCUACAGUUUCAUAUUUUUGCAGAGGACCAAUUACAUCAUGGCUUCAGAGAAACACUUGACAGUUUGGCAUAUCAAGAAAAGUUUAACUACACUUUAUAUCCCAUCUCAUUUCCAACUGAGAAUGCAGCAGAAUGGAAGAAACUGUUCAAACCUUGUGCUUCUCAAAGGCUUUUCCUGCCGCUAAUUCUCAGUGAUGUGGAUUCUUUGCUGUAUGUUGACACAGACAUCUUGUUCUUAAGACCUGUUGAUGAUAUUUGGUCCUUCCUGAAAAAAUUUAAUUCUUCUCAAAUUGCUGCAAUGGCACCUGAACAUGAAGAACCUCGUAUUGGGUGGUAUAAUCGCUUUGCUAGACACCCGUAUUAUGGAAAAACUGGAAUAAAUUCUGGAGUAAUGUUGAUGAAUAUGACUCGCAUAAGAAGAAAAUAUUUCAAGAAUGAUAUGACGACAGUUCGGUUACGGUGGGAACAAAUUCUCAUGCCACUGCUGAAAAAGUAUAAGUUGAAUAUAACUUGGGGUGAUCAAGAUCUUCUGAACAUUAUGUUUUUUCAUAAUCCAGAAAGCCUUUUUGUUUUUCCUUGUCAAUGGAAUUAUCGGCCUGACCACUGUAUUUAUGGGAGCAAUUGCCAGCAAGCUGAAAAAGAAGGAAUAUUCAUCCUUCAUGGAAACAGAGGUGUUUACCAUGAUGAUAAGCAACCAGCUUUUCGAGCUGUGUAUGAUGCAAUAAAAAAUUAUACAUUUGGUGACGACCUGGUGCAUGGCUUGUUGCUACCUCUUGAACUGGAACUACAAAAGACCCAGCAUACAUACUGUGGAAGAAUAUAUAAAGUGUUCAUAAAUCAGCUAACGAAAAGCAUACAGGACACUGUUGACAGAAGAUCGGAAAGAAGGUGAUCAUUUCAGGCCCUCCAAAUUUCUGCCUAAAAUAGGACAUUUGAGGCAGCAUUUAUGACACCUGAAGGAUGUUCGUGAAAAGAAUAAUGGCAUAUUGCUUGAAUAAGUGGCUAUUUAUAUGCCCAGAUCUGCCUCCCAGUGUGAAGAUACUGUUCAUCUUGAAGAUUCUUUCUUUUUUUUUUGGGGGGGGGGCAGGUGUAGCGAGUGUUUGAAAUUCUGUUAGUACACAUAUUCACUACAGUGAAUAAGAGUGUUGCUGAGUUUUGUAUUCAGGUUUAUUCAGCACAAUUCACUUGUUUGUAAACCUCAAAUGGAUCGGAUAAAAAUGAAGGCUUUUAUAAUUCAGAAGUGACUGUACUUUGUCAUGCCUGAUCUAAAAUUCUGCUAAACUGUGAAUGUAGCAAUAAUGGAGUCAGCACUAACCUCACUUUAAAAGUGUGACAACAAGUUGUUUACAAAGCUCAGAAAUCCUGUUUUCAAAGGAAUGUGAUGUGACUGAUGACAAUCUGUAUGUGCCUUUUUUAUCUCUUAUUUUAAAAUAUUUUGACAAUCAUGUUUAUAUAGCUAUAAACUGCACAGGAUACAUAGGACUUCCACUCUAAGCAAAAAUAUAGUGGAAAUAAAUCUUUUUUUUUCAUUUGUAGUUCAUUGUAUAUUUCUAUAAACAGAAUAACUGCAAGGUAAGUAGCCACACAGGCAUGCUGAAAAGCUUGGAGUUGGCAUGCCAGUGGCUUCUUCUUCCUCUCUAUCCAUGCCUCACUUUGAAAUACUGAAAACUGAAUUUGGAAGUUCAAGCUGUUUGGGCACAUAGUCCCUGAAUCACAUGAGGUUGGUUAUUGGUUGAGAAUUACUAGCUCUGAAACUUUUAGGUUCGCUAAGUUUGCAUGGUUCUUUUGGGUUCUGGCCAGUAUUCUAGCAUGAUUGAACUAUAAUGCCAAAAUGUUAUGGCUAGAUUUUUUUCAUUUUCAUUUUCAUUUUUGUAUUUUAUUUUAUUUUAUUUUACUAAGGAGGAAUAUAAUCAAGAAUACCUAGAAUAUUGUUUUUAGUUAUAUUUGAAUGAGAAUUUUCUAUGACUUUACUGGCCAUUCUGGAAGGAAAACCCAUGUUGUGAAAUAUGCUGGUUUUUUAAAAAAUGAAGUAUUAUGCUAGUAUAUAGGUCUUAAUAUUUAAAACCUAGUGCAUUCUUAUUAUUUACCAAAAUCCACUAAAUCAUAGGCUAAUGCUUUAUAGAAUAUUAUGUUACUUGUCUUUAUUGGACAAUUGGUUGCUUACCAAAUAGUUUUUGCAUAUUUGGCAACAAAGCUUUAAAAUAUUUGCUAGAGUCUGAGCUGUUACAAACCUCUGAUUUCAGUGAAGCCAUAGUGGCUAUUCUAACAUGUGGUACACUGAGAUAAUAUUUGUUUAGAACAAUAUUUUGGGCUCUGAUAGUAAAUACUGCAAAAUAUUUUAUUGCAUAAAAUGCAACUUUUAUUAUAAUUAUGCAUAUAAGUAUACUGUUGUAAUGCCAGAGCAUAGAGGGCUUUACAGAUAAAUUCAGCUUGCCUAGAAGGUCUAUUUUGUAAUGUAAGAUGACAUGUCAGCACCUCUGCAGCAGUUAUUCAGAGCUGCUGAAAACUUGGGACUCAAAAAUAUGUAAUGUAUUCUUCAUUUUGUAUGCUCUAGGUGCUAUGCCAUAAAACAGGAACAAUUGAGUAAAGGAUGUAUCCAGAAUUUUGAAAGUUACUCACUCCUGCUAUUUAGUACAGGCUGAGGCUCACUCAUUCGGAAUUCCACACUCUGAAAUAUUCCAAAAUCCAAACUAUUUUCAUGGGUGUUUGAGAUAGCGACCCAUUUGCUUUCUAAUAGUUCAGGCUACACAAACUUAGGCCUGUUACAGACUGCCAAAAUAAAGCUGCUUCAGGUCUCUUUGGAGGUAUGCUAUUUAAAUGAUGCAUGGGUCCU